AUGGAGAACUCGAAGCACGCCGGCGGAGGACUCGAGCAGCAGCAGCAGCCUGCCGGCGUAGUGCUUGAGCACCUCCAGCUUCAGUGCUACGAUGACUACUUCAUCCUGAAGAAGGACGCCAUGGGAUGCUUCUCUGGUUACCAGAAGUGCACGACCGCACUCCGGAAGAUUGCAUAUGGUACGACUGCUAAUUCGUGGGACGAGUACCUAUGGAUGUCUGAGAGCACAUGCGGAAAUGCCAUGAACUGCCCGAAGGCUUUACAAGGGCAAUAUCAGGGUCAUGUUAAGAAGCCAACCAUCAUUCUUGAAGUAGUUGCAUCACAGGAUCUUUGGAUUUGGCACGCUUUCUUUGGCAUGCCCGGGUCUCACAAUGACAUCAAUGUGCUGCAACAAUCGCCGUUGUUUGCGAGGCUGACUCAAGGAAAAGCUCCUCCUUGCCACUAUACUGUCUGUGGACAUGAGUACAACAUGGGCUACUAUCUGGUUGACGGUGUCUAUCCUUCAUGGGCUAUGUUUGUCAGCACCAUCUCAAACCCAGUUGGAAAGAAAGAAAGUCACUUUUCCCAAAGACAAGAAGCAGCUAGAAAAGAUGUCGAGAGGACAUUUGGAGUUCUGUAG